AUGACUGCUUCGGAAACAGCACAGGAGGCCAUAUUCGUUGGCGCAAACAAGCAAAACUGUGGGUCAGCCUACAACGCAAAGAACUCCGUUGUGGCAUUUGCGGCAGCAAACACAGUAGCGCUUUGGAAACCACUAGACAAGAACCACAACGGCGUCUACUAUACUUUGAAGCACCAUACAAAGGAAGUCACUGGAGUCGAGUUUUUGCCCGAGAGCCCUUACCUCGUGUCCGUGGGCGAAGACCAUGGUGUCCAUGUAUGGAAGGAAAAGAAGGAUGUUUACGAGCACCACCAAUCGCUCGAGGGCCACACGCACUCUGUGCAGUGUGUGGCAGUGGUGAACCCCGCAGUGUUUGUCACUGGUGGAGCCGACCACGAAAUCAUAAUCUGGGUCUGCAACGACAAUCAGAAAUUCGAGAUGGGCUACAAGUUUCAAGUAAAGAGCAAUUUUUACCCGCUAACGUUGGCUGUGCAGGAUAUCGACGACAAGGGUAACUACAUACUCGCGGUUGGCGGAACUACAAAUAACGUGUACAUUUACACUUUCCAGGUCCAGUACGGAAGCGUCAAUAAGUUCCGAAAGAGCGAGGAGUUGACUGGCCACGAAGACUGGGUCAAAUGUCUAGCAUUUGUCGUGCAAGAGAAAUCCGAGGACUACAUCUUGGCCACUGGCUCACAGGACAGAUACGUGAGGCUAUGGAGAUUGCGGUUGAAUGACAAGAUUGACAACUCGGACGAAGAUCCGACGAAAUUGACGCUACUUGCAAACAAACAAUUCAAAUUUGAAUAUGGCGACGGCGACAAGGCUGCUUUCAGCUUUGAGGCUUUGAUAACUGGACACGACGAUUGGAUAAGUGGGUUACAAUGGCACCCUUCGUGUCGGAAUGGUGAUGGUGGCAGUGGGGAGAAACAGCUCCAGUUGCUCACUGCCACUGCCGACACGGCAUUAAUGAUCUGGGAAAUGGACGUUGACUCCGGAAUCUGGGUUUGCGUGAGUAGACUUGGUGAGAUGUCAAUUAAAGGAGCAUCCACGGCCACGGGUGCAUCGGGAGGAUUCUGGUCUUGUCUUUGGUUCAUUGAUCACCAAAACAGCGAGGAGUGGGUGCUUGCCACCGGAAAGACUGGUGCUGUGAGAGCCUACAAAUCCGGUCCUGCAGAUGAAAAAUAUUUCAAAGAGACGCUAGGUGUCACGGGUGCAGUGGCUGCCGUAACUGAUUUGCGGUGGUCGCUAAGUGGGGAAUACUUUAUGGCAACAUCGUUGGACCAAACAACACGAUUAUAUGCGCCCUGGACACGCGACAGGCACGGUGUCACGACAUGGCACGAGUUUGCCAGACCACAAAUCCACGGUUACGACAUGAUUUGCUGGGAUAACAUCUCGUCGACAAGGUUCGUUUCAGGAGGAGAUGAGAAGAUUUUGCGUGUGUUUGAACUCACCAAAUCGAUUGACGAGACGCUUAAAAAAUUGUCGGGAAUCGAGAUCAACAAGGCCAACUCGCAACUCCCAGCAUUUGCCUCGCUACCUGUCCUCGGUCUUUCCAACAAGGCCGAUACACAAAUCUACGAAGAGAAGAAAAACGAUGGCGAUGAAGAAGAAGAAGAUGGAGAAGACGAAGCAGCAGAAGGCGAAGCAGCAGAAGCAGAAGUAGCAGAGGAACAGUUCAACCUGCCACCUUCGGAAUCAUAUUUGCAGAGGCAUAGCUUGGCUACGGAGGUGGAAAAAUUGUACGGCCACGGGUACGAAAUCAACUGUUGCUGUACAUCGCCCAAUGGUGAAUUAAUCGCUACAGCCUGCAGGUCAAACAGUGAAAAACAUGCCGUGAUAAGAAUAUUCAAGGUCAAUGACGACUUUCAACAGAGUCCCCAAGUGUUGGCGGGCCACAAUCUCACGAUAUCCAGUCUCGCGUUUUCGCCAGAUGGGAGGUAUUUGUUAUCAGUGUCGAGAGACCGGCAGUUUAGCUUAUGGCAAUUGGCGAACCCGGCCACUGCAGAGUUUAAGCUUGUAAAGUUGAAUACCAAGGCCCAUACCAGGAUCAUCUGGGACUGUGCGUGGUUACGCGAGGAGAACUGCUUUGUGACUGUGUCUCGUGACAAACUGCUCAAGUUGUGGAGGAUACGCGACGAGUCUGUUGUUGAAUUGGCAAACAGCUUGAAGUUGGACGAACCAAUCACGUCGGUGUCGUCAUUCAAAGGCAAGUUGGGGGGAGAAAAUGACAUACUAGCAGUUGGGUUGGAAUCUGGGGCAAUCGCCAUAGUUGCAAUCUCAGUGACCCAGGGCUCCUUGCAUCUGGUCUACUCUGUAUCAAGUGAUUGCACACCUGCGGACAGGAUUGAGAAGUUGAGUUUUAGCCCGAAACUUAUCAAUGACAAAUUAUACUUGGGUGUUGCAAGCAGAGACACUUCGGUGAGAUUGUACAGCUUCCAUAAGAACAUGUUUUAG